CGCGACAUAAACUGAUCAUGCGAUGACUGGGCGCGCUUUGGGCACAUCUACCGAGUCCAUUACAGGAGGUGAAUGAUGGCCGAGGAUGGGGGACAUCUCUCCGGGAUCCCCGACGCCAGGGGCUCGGAGGGUCGCUCCUCUUUGCUGAGGACUUUCAUCCGGCUCAACGACCUGUCCGGCGUCGGGACGGGAGGAGCGGAGCGCGGCGACGCGACGACGGCGGCGGCGACGGCGGCGACGGAGCCCGCGGCCCCUGCGGCCGACGGCAUCUCCACAGCCGGGGAUGAAGCGUCUGCAAGCGGCGACGAGAGCCUGCCCUACCCGACCAUGGCCCCCGUGGUCUUCCUCUACCUGAAACAAACCACCCGGCCUCGCAGCUGGUGUCUCAAGAUGUGGAGAAGCAGCAUUCACACGGUCCCACUUCAUCACGCUCUGAUUCCUCCCUCCAAUCGAUGA